GUGGUCAGUCCGUGCUGAAGUGCAACAACGCAGAUAGGCCAUUGUAGACGCGGAUAUUCCCCUGCACAGUUGUUUUCCAGGGAUUUUACACCUUUGAAUCAGGAAGAUGGCAGACAACAGGGAGAAAGCCACCGACCAAAUGAAAUUCUGGAAGCAAAAUCGCGGUAACCUGAAACCUGAUGUGCUGACAACUGGGGCAGGUGUGCCCAUUGGGGACAAGCUGAAUGAGAUGACCGCCGGCCGGCGCGGUCCCCUGCUGGUCCAAGAUGUGGUCUUCACUGACGAGAUGGCUCACUUCGACCGCGAGCGCAUUCCAGAAAGAGUGGUGCAUGCCAAAGGAGCUGGAGCGUUUGGCUACUUCGAGGUGACCCAUGACAUCAGUCGCUACUGCAAGGCCAAGGUGUUUGAGCACGUGGGCAAGACCACCCCCAUCGCCAUCCGCUUCUCCACCGUAGCUGGAGAGUCUGGGUCUGCAGACACAGUGAGGGAUCCACGUGGCUUCGCUGUGAAGUUCUACACUGAUGAGGGCAACUGGGACCUGACUGGAAACAACACUCCCAUCUUCUUCAUCAGGGACGCCCUUCUGUUCCCGUCCUUCAUCCACUCCCAGAAGCGUAACCCCCAGACCCACCUGAAGGACCCUGACAUGGUGUGGGAUUUCUGGAGCCUCCGACCAGAGUCUCUUCAUCAGGUGUCGUUCCUGUUCAGUGACCGUGGUCUUCCCGACGGCUACCGCUUCAUGAACGGCUACGGCUCCCACACCUUCAAAAUGGUCAACGCUGAAGGCUACCCCGUCUACUGCAAGUUCCACUUCAAGCCUGACCAGGGUAUCAAAAACCUGAAACCAGAGGACGCAGACCGCAUCGCAGCCACCGACCCCGACUAUGCCAUUAGAGAUCUCUACAACGCCAUCGCCAACGGAGACUUCCCCUCUUGGUCGUUCUUCAUCCAGGUCAUGACCUUUGAGCAGGCAGAGAAGUUCCAAUUCAACCCGUUCGACCUGACCAAGGUCUGGUCGCAUAAAGACUACCCUCUGAUCCCGGUAGGGAAGCUGGUGCUCAACAGGAAUCCUGUCAACUAUUUUGCGGAGGUGGAGCAGCUAGCCUUCGACCCCAGCAACAUGCCACCCGGCAUCGAACCCAGCCCCGACAAGAUGCUGCAGGGUCGCCUCUUCUCCUACCCAGACACCCAUCGGCACCGCCUGGGAGCUAACUACCUGCAGCUGCCCGUCAACUGCCCCUUCCGCGCCCGCGUCGCCAACUACCAGCGGGACGGGCCCAUGUGCAUGGGGGACAACCAGGCCGGCGCCCCUAACUACUUCCCCAACAGCUUCAGUGCCCCCGACACUCAGCCGCGCUUCAUCGAGUCCAAGUUCCAGGUGUCGCCCGACGUGGGCCGCUACAACAGCGCAGACGACGACAACGUCACUCAGGUGCGUGCCUUCUUCACCCAGGUCCUGAGUGAGCCGGAGCGCCAGCGGCUGUGUGAGAAUAUGGCGGGAGCCCUGAAGGGGGCGCAGCUCUUCAUCCAGAAACGCAUGGUCCAGAAUCUGAUGGCUGUUCACCCAGACUACGGCAACCGCGUCCAGGCCCUUCUCAACAAACACAGCGCUGAGGCCAAGAAGAGUGUGGUGCACCCCAGGGUGUACACCCGAGGCGGAGCAUCUGCAAUCGCGGCCGCCUCGAAGAUGUAAUACGGGGAUCUGUCCAGCAGAGGGCCCCCCACCCGUCCCCGUGUCCUCAUCGCAACCUGCUGAGGCUGCCACCACAGCAUUUAUCCUGCCCAUCUGAAAACCGCUUACAAUAGCACAGCUACACGGCUUUAUCAGCAAUCCUAUGGUAGUUUAUCUUCUCUAUAAACAAGCAGACUGAUUUCUUGCCAAAGUGAUCCCUUAGGACCGGAUGGUAAACAACAAAACUGUUUCAUAAAUUGUUUUCAUUUUAAUGCAAGAACCACUUCAGAAGUCAGAUUACCUUUUUUGCCACAUGCUACUGGUAUGUUUUGAUUUUGUUAAUUGGUGAAACCACUAUGUUGGCAAUAUGUCCCAUCCAUUCACUGAUCAUUCAUGACUGAAGUCAACUUACCCUUGCCACAAAACAACAGAAAGACCUGAAGUCAACAUAUGCUGUUAUUAUUAUGCAGUGAAAAUAGCAUACAGACGAAGAAGUUGAGCACAACUCGCAUACUAGGAAAUGGUGGAGCCCAUUGAGGAUGAAUCUCUGCAUCAGAGAUUAGCCAGACACACACUUCAAUCACACUUCAAGUCGACACACUCUUCAAUCACACUUCAAGUCGAGUACAAAAACAACAUUCCAUUUCCCCAAGCAUAUGUCACUUCAACCCUGUUCAAGAUGGUCCUCAUCAUCAUCAUAUCCUUCUCAAGAUGAGCAGAUGGCAACAAGUAGAGGCAGCCAUUUACACAAAAAGAUGUCAUAGUUUUGAAGAGGGCAUUGCACAGAUGCAUUAAUUAAAUUGUAUGUUUUGAUUUUUUUUUAGAUUGAAGAAGCAAACGUGUUCUUGCUUUUUAAGCUGCUUACUCAUCAGGGGCUGAUUUGUUGUAUGUGUCUUUUGCGUCCUAUGAAAAGAAAGAUUUCCAAUAUGUUUUUAAAUGUAGAACAUGCAGCUCUUUUAUGUGUUGAUUUAAUUGUGUUGUUUGUUGUUACUGAUGUACUACUGCUAAUGAUAACACAGUGUGCCUCCACCUCAUCCUUACUAAGACAGAAUCAGCAUGCCAUUGAGUUGAUCCUGGAGGAAUGCUAGCUUGCUGAGGAAUUUACAUAGGUUUGAUUGUCACGACUAAUUGUGUAAACUUUAUGUGCAGAUGACAUCUGGGGUGCGUUUCUCAACAACACUGCUGCUAACAAAGUUAGCAGCUUACUUGGUUGCAAUGCAAUUUCCCAUUGGAAACCUUGUAAAUUGUUAACUGGUUAGCAACGAUGCUUUCGAGAAACGAGGUCCUGGACAAUUUGAUUCUGUGUUGUCAUAGUUUUAAACUCCUCCAUGGAGUCCUGAGCGUAAACGAAGGGGGAAAUCAUUUAUUUCUUUGCAAUUCCAUCCAAAAACUGGGUCAUCUGUUGAAUUCCAGCACCACGACGUAUGAAUGCCUUAUGCAAGCAGAUGUACACUGUGCUUAUUUUUGUAAUUUAAACGGAUAAAUAAAUACAAAAUUAUAUUAGAAA